UUACACAUGAAUAAAUAAGUUCAUCGUUUUAAAAUAGACGCACUUAUAGCCACGCAGAAAAACAUAUAUCAAGUGUUGUGUUUUGGUCCAUGUAGUGCAUCUUGAGUAGGAAUGGACGCGAAAGAAGAGGCGAAGGAUUUACAUGCUAAAUUAACAUCAGAUCUAAAUGAGCAGUUUGGUCUGUUUGAAUCAGAUAGAUAUGAACAGUUUGUCAACAGGCUAAAAGCAAAAUUGAGCCCGAAGGCAAGUAAGGAAGCCAAGAAUAUAAUGGACAUUUUAGAGGCCUUGGAAAGAAAUGGUACAAUUGGUCCCGGCAACUACAAAUACUUGAAAAGUGUAAUCAGAGAUUAUGACGUUCGUGUUGUGGCUGAUUUGAUUGAACCAACGGAACGAGAAAUUCAGAAAAUAUUGUCAAGAGGACAAGGAACUUCUGCGUCCGGAAGUACAUGUUAUAAUAAUGAAGGUCAAUAUUCAGUCGACGGAAAACUAGAGAAAAAAAGAAAAUUGGAAGAAGAAAUACCAGAUGACAAUAGGUAUGUAAAGGAACGGGGACAAAAAGGAUACAUGUUGAUUUUAAAUGUCAUUUCAAAGAAGCGGUCAGGCAGUGAGAACGACAUAAUAGCACUAGAAAGUUUCUUCAGAGGACAGCUUGGCUUCACUGUCAAUGUGAAGGAGGACGUUACGAAAGAUGAGUUACUACAGACUCUUACCGAAACAAAACGAACACUGACUGGAAGUGAGGCUAAGAAGUACUACUGUUUUAUCUGUGUUGUCAUGAGUCAUGGCGAAGAGGACGGUAUCAAAACAAUCGAUGGACAAAAAAUCAAGAUGGACGACAUAACAGCCAAAUUUAAAAAUACAGAAUUCAAAGAUUUCAUUGAUAAGCCGAAAAUAUUCAUUGUGCAAACCUGCAGAGGAAAACCAGUUCAACCAUUAGCCGAGCACGUAGCAGACGAUGAAAUGGAACUUGAAGACGACUUUAUUGGCAGCGUAUCUGUGCCAAAGGAUGCCGAUAUUCUUUUAGCAUAUGCAACAACGGAUGGGCAUUUAUCAUUCAGACAUAAAGAAACCGGAUCUUGGUUCAUCGACGCAUUGGUAAAAGUUCUAAAAGAAAAAUACGAGAAUCAACACUUUGAGGAAAUGCUAGUGAGUGUUCGACACAUGUUAGCACGUGAUCCAAAAUGGCGAGGGCUUAGAUCCGACCCUAAGCACAGUGAACAGUUACAGAUAUUAUGCCAAAUGCCAUGUUCAUGGACAACACUUACGAAACUGUUUUAUUUAAAGGCUGCUUGGGAUUGUUAAGAAUAUCAAAAUGAUUAGUGAUUUUAUGGAAUAUUUUAUCUUCGAUCAAAUUCUUACAAACAAAUAUCGAUUCAACAUAAAUUUGAAUGUCUUCAUAUCCAAUUCUCGUAAAUACACCGAAAGCAUAUCUUUUAUUGGUAUUCAACGUAGAAUUAAACUUCUCAGAUCUUUAA